AUGCAGAGUACCCUAUGGAAAGAUAUAACAGUGCUACUAGACGAAUUUGUGGAACAUUUGGACGACGAGAACCUAGACCAGUAUGCAGCUAAUUGUUUGAACGCGGGUUAUUGGAGUGAGAGCAAACAAGGCAUACUUAUGGCAAAGAAAGUCGCGGAUAGACUAAUGUGCACACUCAUGACAGGAGCAUUAUAUUUCAUGAAUGGGUGGGGUACGCAGUCCGGCGGUUCGCACACUACCGACCCUAAUAAUGCAGCGUUGAAGGAACAUAUAAGAUGCGCAAUAGUAAAUGUAUUUAUGUACAUAUUGCUGGCAUCUAAAUGCAGAAGUCAAAUGGGAAUAGAUUAUGCAUGGCACAUUGUGAAAGACAUGGAGCCAGGGCUAGGGAGUGGUUUAAUAAACAAAAAUAAAUGUGGGCAGGGAGUGUUUGAAGACAUAAAAAUCGGGGAAUUACAAAUGGAGAAAAUGAUUAAGAAAUGGUUAGAGAGCAAGGAGAGCUUGACUGACAGAUUUGCAAGUCCCGCAAUACAAAGCACAUGUAGCAAAAAACCAGAAGAACUUGACGGGGCCACGCCGCAUGCAAAUGCCACGGAUGACAACACAGAACUGACGCAACACGAGAAAGACGCUAUACGUGAGUUAGGCCGAGGAAUGAAGACCAUAGUUGAGGAGGUAAAGACGGGGGUAAUGCAAUGCGCGGAGGACAAUGGCGCAUGCAUGACGUCUAUCGAGGCUGUCACAGGUAGAAAUCGAGAGGGUGAUGACAGUGAGGGAAAGGCAACCAAAUCUGUAGCGAGCGAUAAACCAGCACCAAACGUAGCGGCAGGUACUGACCGAUGA